CAUAAGUCGCUAUCGAUUCAGCCUUCGAUAACAAUUUAUUUAUAUAGCUUUUCAGUCAGCGAGCGUCAACGUACGAAACCAGCCAAACCAGUUAUAGACUUGGAACCCGAUAUCCCCAUAAGAAGUGAACAUGCUGUGACAGAAAGUCCUGCUGCGAAGAAGAGAAAAGAACAGAAGGAAGAAGGUGAAGUGACUGACGACAGCAGUGAAAGCAUGUCUGUUAUUUACGUCGAUGACGAUGUCAGCUCAGCUGAAGCAACGAAAGCGAGUUCACCCGUAUCGGUCUCGAGGCAGGUGAUCGAUCUGACUGUUGAUGAGGAAACAACGAAGCAGAUCAAUCAGCCUACACUUCGUGACGUUCUCAGUAGUCUGGUUAGUCAACAUGACGACCUUGAAGACGGGGAGAUUGAGGAAGAGGAGUGUGUGGUCGAUCUCACUGAAGGUUUGUUAUCCAGAGAGGUUUCCAUCGAGCGAUAG